AGUUGUGAUAUGUCAUUUCGACGGAAGUCAGCGAGCUGUCAACCGUGGUCGUCCACCGUUCUUUUCCGGCAUCUUCACUUGUGUUGAGGACACACUAAUUGUGCUGCGGAUUUAAACAAUGUCUAAGAGAGGACGUGGAGGAUCCGCGGGAGGAAAAUUCCGCAUCUCGCUGGGUCUGCCAGUUGGCGCUGUUAUCAACUGCGCUGACAACACAGGUGCCAAGAACCUGUAUGUCAUCGCUGUCCAUGGCAUUCGUGGUCGCCUGAACCGUCUCCCAGCCGCUGGCGUCGGCGAUAUGUUCGUCGCCACCGUGAAGAAGGGUAAACCAGAGCUGAGGAAAAAGGUUAUGCCGGCAGUCGUGAUUCGGCAGCGAAAACCAUUCCGCAGGCGAGAUGGUGUUUUCCUUUAUUUUGAGGAUAAUGCGGGCGUGAUAGUAAACAACAAGGGCGAAAUGAAAGGUUCUGCUAUCACUGGUCCGGUUGCAAAGGAAUGUGCCGACUUGUGGCCCCGUAUCGCUUCCAAUGCUGGCUCUAUAGCUUAAGCGAAGGAUCGCAAUCGAAUGGAAAGAAUUGCCAAAACCAGCGGCAUAAGGUGUGGAAACGUUUGUUAUGUUUCGAUGCGUCAGUGAAACAGCUUUUUUGGUGAUUGACAUACCAUCGGUUCAAUGGCCAAGAGCGCGAAAAUAAAAUAUUGGAUCCCAACAAAAGGUCGGUGUA